CUCAGUUCCAGAGCCAGUGUACCGUUCCAGGUUACGGAGUUUCUGCACAGUUUGCAAACUGGAACUUGGCAGAAUGGCUGAGAUCUGCAAAAUGAAAUACACGGUGUUGGACAGCCCUUUGGGGAAGAUAGAGCUGUCCGGCUGUGAGCGAGGCCUGCAUGGGAUACGAUUUCUCAGUGGGAAGACCCCAAACACUGACCCCACAGAGGCUCCAGCCUGUCCUGAGGUGCUCGGUGGGCCAGAGGGAGUGCCAGAGCCCCUGGUGCAGUGCACAGCCUGGCUGGAAGCCUAUUUCCACGAACCUGCAGCCACAGAGGGGCUUCCCUUGCCUGCUCUCCAUCACCCUGUGUUCCAGCAAGAUUCAUUCACCAGACAGGUGUUAUGGAAGCUGCUGAAGGUUGUGAAAUUCGGAGAAAUGGUUUCUUACCAGCAAUUAGCAGCCCUGGCAGGCAACCCCAAAGCGGCUCGUGCAGUAGGAGGAGCGAUGAGGAGCAAUCCAGUCCCCAUCCUCAUCCCCUGCCACAGGGUGAUUCGCAGUGACGGUGCCAUUGGCAAUUACUCUGGAGGAGGACAGACUGUGAAAGAGUGGCUUCUGGCCCAUGAGGGCAUCCCAACUGGACAGCCGGCCUCCAAAGGCUUGGGUCUGAUUGGGAGCUGGCUCAAGCCAUCCUUCGAGUCUUCCAGCCCAAAGCCGUCUGGCUGAAAUUGAGUAACCGUUUGAAUGACACAUAGAUGUAAUGCGGUGUUGGAAGCGGAUGUGUGGUGGGUACCACUAUAUUAAAAGAGCUGCAUGUGUCCUGGG